AUGAACCAACAUGACCUUGACAAAUUACACAAGCAAUGGUUCCAUCCAGAACAAGAAAAAAAGGACAAGGUGCUACGUAAUGAGCCGGUGUUGAUCAAGCGGAUACAACGAGAUUACGACAAAUUGGAGGACCUAGCAGCUGAGCGCAUUGAACUUGUCGAAGGUGCACUGCAACUGGUGGAUCGACAUUUGAAUCGAUUAGGACAUGAUCUGGAACAAGUAGACGAGCCUGGUGGUGGUUCUUCAACAUCUCGAUCAUCCAUGCCAGGGCGAUAUUCACGCAUGCAUAAAAAAUCGAUUUAUGCAGAGGACGAUGAUAUUUUGGAUGAUGCAGCAUUGUAUGAACCACCACCCAUCAAGCAACCAACAAGGAAACGAAAGGAGCGAGAUGAAAAUGAAAACGAGCCUCUCUAUUGCUAUUGUCGACAAGUUUCCUAUGGAGAAAUGGUGGCAUGCGAUGGCGAGCAUUGUCCAUAUGAAUGGUUCCACAUGGAUUGUGUUGGUUUGGAUGCACCACCAAAAGGUGCUUGGUAUUGUGAUGAUUGCUUGGCUGAAUUACACAGACGCUCUCCACCUGCUGCAAGGAAAUCAUCAACAUCGGGACACGCCCACAAGAAGCUCAAACGAAAGAAAGACUCCUUGACCCCCUCCUAA